GGGCUGAACCCGCGAGAGAACCAGCCCCUGGGAACCAGUCAUCAGUCAGUGCCUGGCCAUCCCCUGCCCGCAGCUCCUUCUCUACCCCAUGGAGCAACAGCCCAAGAUCUAAACGCAUGGGAAAUAGCGUUGGAUUAUCCACAGGCGAUCCCACACUGCACCUGUAACUCGCUAAUCCCACGCUCAGGAAACAGGACGAGCGCAGACCCCUGGGGAGUUUCUAUUGAUUGCUGAUUGCCGCUGAAUUGGUGCAGGACAUGAUGUGGAGGGGAUGUUUCUUGGUUCUUCAAGUAAUUGCAGCUGCCAGCGGCUUUAUCCUUCCAGCGCAGAGAGUUGCACCGGUGCAAAACCCAGAUAAAGGAGUUUUCCUGGAGAGUUCGGAAGCCAAUGCCUUCUUUGUCCGUAGGCUACUGUAUAACAGCUGGGACUUUGAGUUGGUUACACCGGGCAAUCUGGAGAGGGAAUGUUAUGAGGAAGUGUGCAACUACGAGGAGGCUCGGGAAUGUUUUGAAGACGAUCAAAAGACUAAGGCUUUCUGGAAAACUUAUAAAAACAAUGGAGCAGGAGGGGACACUUCACCUUCACUGGAUAUGUCCGGCUUGAUAGCGGGAUUGGUAGGUGCACUGAUCCUGCUGAUUAUGAUUGCAGUUCUGAUCAUGUACUGUGUCCGAUACAGUGUUAAAGCCAGCACCAGAGGAAGGGUCCCUGUGCAUCUUGCGAGUACCUUACCAGCAGCAGCAGCAGCAGAAGAUUUACCUCUCACUCAUCUGCCUCUACCGCAUCUCAGUGCUCCCGGACUUCCUAGCUACGAAGAAGCAUUGGACGCAUCAGGCACACAUGAUGCUCCGCCGCCACCGUAUCAAAGAGGAUCCACCAGAUCGACUCAGCCGAGCUGAAGAAGAAACGUUAAGGACAGUGUGUGGGUGUGGAUGAGACUGGAAUGGACUUACCCUGUUCAAAAGAGAAACCCUCGCCUGUUUGAAAUGACUACAGUUCCCAGAAUCCUCAGCGCAAGAGCGACGUGUUAAAGCGUUUGGUCUCGGCUGAAUGAUUUGUACAUAUGUUUUUUUUUUUAAUAAUUUAACAGGAUUGUCUGUCCUUUUUUUUGCCAAAGAGGAAACUGCUGACCCUAAAGGGACUUUUCCACAUAUUUUCUAUGUAAAAGAAUGAAAUCUGCGUAAAACAAUUCUCGGGGAUAAUUCUUCGCUGUCACAUGGUGCGUUGCCAGUUAGCUGUGAAUCAGUAGAAAUAAAGGGCAGCUACGGGUUUUCAAGAGAACAUAAGUAUCCCUAUUGAUAUGGAAAAUAUUGUCUAAAUGAGGACAAUCCUCCACUCCAAAGAUUGUAAUGCAAGGGGAUAUUCACCCAAAUACUGUUUUUUAUUAUAAGAUGCUGCUGCCAAUAGCAAUUACAUUUACAAAUAACUGAUAAUUUGUAAUGAAUGUAUAUAGGAAAGUUGCUUAGAAUUAUAUUACCUUGAAUGAAGCUCCCCUUUAUCAAACUCUUCGAGGGCCUCAGGCUGCCUUUCCCUGCUGGAAUUUAUAAAGGAUAAACUUACUGUGUGCACAGAGCAGUCGCCUCUACAACUGCCAUUUUGCUUCAACUUACAAUGAAUGGCCAACAAGGCUCUUUUUCAUUUUUUAUUAUUUGUGUUUUUUGAGUUAUUUGGCUUUUUAGUCAGCAGCUCUCCAGUUUGCAAUUUCAGCAAUCUGGUUGCCAGGGUCAAAAUUACCCUAGCAACCGUGCACUGAUUUGAAUAAGAGACUGGAAUAUAAAAAGGAGAGGCCUGACUAUAAAGCUAAGUCAUAAAAAUUAACAAUAACUUUUCAUUUGUAGCUUUACAGAGCAUUUGUUUUUUAGAUGGGGUUAGUGACCCCCAUUUGAAAGCUGAAAAGAUUCAGAAGAAGGAAAAUAAUUGAAAAA